AUGAUGGAUGUCGAUAUAACAGAAUUAGAGAUUGAAUUCCAAAAAGUUCUUAUUCAAUUAGCUAAUGAACCAUUCAAUAAAGAAUUACUUCAUAAACUUCAACUGAUACAAAAGCAAAUGUUGGUACCAUCACCAGCUACUACAAAUCAAUCAGGUUUGGAUACAUCAUAUUCAACAGCAAGCAUUUAUGAAGCAUCAUUAUCAUCAUCAUCAUCAAAUCUUACUAAUGAAUCUCGUCGGAAUCCGACUGCUGGAGUUCCUAUCGAAUCCGACUGUUGA